UGUGCAUUUAAACAAAGAGACGCAGUAGAUUUAUACACAAGCUUUACGAGUACAAAUCAUCAAAACGCCAUGCCUCUUGAUAGCUUAGUGGUCUCUAUAUUUCAAUUUUUUGCGAACAAAGCCCGAGAUGCUGCAGCAGACAGGCUAGAAAACGGUGACGUUGGUAAUGAAGGAUUUCGCGAACUUAUCAAGCGAGAUUUACACGACAUCAAAACAAAGCUAGAUAAUCUUUCGAAAAUAGACCUUUGCUCCAGUUUGAACUACUUGGAGGAAGGAUUUCUUCUACUUUUUAAUUGCAUUGACGAAGUAGAAAAUGAUAGAGAAUGUGAAGAAGCAAGUAAUAAUGAUGAGUCUCAGGCAACUUGUACUGCCAUCACCACCAGGUAUGAUGUUUCCCGUGCAAUACAACAUUCAAAGGAUUUUAAAAUGGCAAAAAAACGAUUUGAAAAAUCCCGUGAGAAAGCAACGGAUGUUUUCAACAACAAAAAUUUAAGCUUGGAGGACAAAAUAUUUGCCGUAAUUGUUAAGAUCAUGGCACAAAUUUUUGAAUGUCCGGAGCAUCAGGAGACUGUGAUUGAUUUAUGUUUAUCUUAUAUAAAAGGCUGCAUGAAUUGGACGGUGUUCGUAAAUGUUCUCUGUUUCUAUCGGUGGUGGCAUGAGAGCGAUGUUCAAAAAUCCCAAAGAAUGGAAAACAUGAAGUCUGUCAUUCUUCUCAACCAUCAUUUAUAUCAGUUCAUUUUAAGGAUCAACAACAAUCAUGAUCAUUUAUCAACUUGGCCAAGUAUUGAACUUGGAGACGGAAAAAUUUUUAAUCCAAUACAGGACUGGCGCAAGGAAUUCGAUGUCGAGUCUUGGGAUAAAAAUUGA